GUGGUGGCAAUGGACCAUGCUGCACACGAGGAGCUGACGCGUCGAAGGGUCUGCUCCCUUCGCUACACGCGCCACAUGUCUCCCUCGGGCAAAGCUGCCGAGCGCUGGGAUUUUAAGCUCCGGCUGCUGAUGACCGGGCUCUACAUCGGAUUAGAGUUGCUUGUUUUGGAUGCAGACAGCGUGCUGCUGUCUGACCCCUUCCGAGCUGUGUGGGCGGACUCGGAUCUGGAGACAGGCACAGACCAUUUCUUCCCCGACCGAGACCUCUGGCAACCCGAGAUGAGGCCAGAGGAGAACUUGAACACUGGGUUCCUGUACGCGGACGGGACGCGCAAAUCGGCGACAUUGUUCUGUUUUCUGGCUCAGUUUCUAGAGCUCUUC